GGGUCCGACUACGCGACUACCAGAUAUUGUUGCUUGAAACAACCCUACAAAAGGCAAUCAUAUAUCAGUGAUUAUGUCUGCCAACGCUGCGCUGUCGUUAUAUCGACGAUCACUGAAGCUGGCCCUCGACUGGGCAGUUCACAGGCACACCUGGCGUGGACAAGCUGUGUACAUUAGAUCACUUUUCGAGGCUAACCGAGACGUCCGGGACCCCCGUCAACAGAAGGUAUUAUUUCGGGAAACGGAGAAGUUGCUGGAGGCCUGGAAACACCCUGAUCCUUAUAGGGCCCCAACUGCCCCGGGUGGUUCGAAAUGGGAGAGAAACCUUCCCGCCCGAAAACUACCUCUUGCUGCUGGAGGGCAUUAAUUGAUUACGGACGAUAACCGGGAUACAUGAAGGGACAUUUUGAACAUGAGAAUAACAUGAGAAUCC